CACGGUUUCACAGCCGCCCCGAAACCACCAGAGCUUCCACCGCAGAUCACUCGCCCGCCUCCCCUCUCCUCUCCUCCCAACCGUCGCGGUAACAAAUCCCACUCCGUUCCUUCCUUCAUCACACUACCUAGAAGCUUUGGCAGUUGAGUUAGGUGCCCACCACAGGGGCGCUCCGGUGGGAUCAUCUGGUGUGUUUGUUGGUAGCUAGCUUGCUAGGGGGAACGAAGAAGAUCCGAUGAGGUCCAUGGGCAGCUCCGACUCAUCCUCCGGCUCGGCGCAAAAAGCAGCGCGGCAUCAGCAUGAGCCGCCGCCUCCGCGGCAGCGGGGCUCGGCGCCGGAGCUCCCACCGGGCUUCCGGUUCCACCCGACGGACGAGGAGCUGGUCGUGCACUACCUCAAGAAGAAGGCCGCCAAGGUGCCGCUCCCCGUCACCAUCAUCGCCGAGGUGGAUCUCUACAAGUUCGACCCAUGGGAGCUCCCCGAGAAGGCGACCUUCGGGGAGCAGGAGUGGUACUUCUUCAGCCCGCGCGACCGCAAGUACCCCAACGGCGCGCGGCCGAACCGGGCGGCGACGUCGGGCUACUGGAAGGCCACCGGCACGGACAAACCUAUCCUGGCCUCGGGGACGGGGUGCGGCCUGGUCCGGGAGAAGCUCGGCGUCAAGAAGGCGCUCGUCUUCUACCGCGGGAAGCCGCCCAAGGGCCUCAAAACCAACUGGAUCAUGCACGAGUACCGCCUCACCGACGCGUCUGGCUCCACCACCACCAGCCGGCCGCCGCCGCCUGUGACCGGCGGGAGCCGGGCUGCAGCCUCUCUGAGGUUGGACGACUGGGUGCUGUGCCGCAUCUACAAGAAGAUCAACAAGGCCGCGGCCGGAGAUCAGCAGAGGAGCACGGAGUGCGAGGACUCCGUGGAGGACGCGGUCACCGCGUACCCGCUCUAUGCCACGGCGGGCAUGGCCGGUGCAGGUGCGCAUGGCAGCAACUACGCUUCACCUUCACUGCUCCAUCAUCAGGACAGCCAUUUCCUGGAGGGCCUGUUCACAGCAGACGACGCCGGCCUCUCGGCGGGCGCCACCUCGCUGAGCCACCUGGCCGCGGCGGCGAGGGCGAGCCCGGCUCCGACCAAACAGUUUCUCGCCCCGUCGUCUUCAACCCCGUUCAACUGGCUCGAUGCGUCACCCGCCGGCAUCCUGCCACAGGCAAGGAAUUUCCCUGGGUUUAACAGGAGCAGAAACGUCGGCAAUAUGUCGCUGUCAUCGACGGCCGACAUGGCUGGCGCGGCCGGCAAUGCGGUGAACGCCAUGUCCGCAUUUAUGAAUCCUCUCCCCGUGCAAGACGGGACGUACCAUCAACACCAUGUCAUCCUCGGCGCCCCACUGGCGCCAGAGGCUACCACAGGCGGCGCCACCUCUGGUUUCCAGCAUCCCGUCCAAGUAUCCGGCGUGAACUGGAAUCCCUGAGCAAAUGAUAUGAACACCACAUACGCGCAUGCACGCAUGCAUAACUUUUGCAAGUGUAGCCAGUAGUUGUUGCAGUUCGUGGUAGUCGCUUUCAGUGAGCACUGAGUAGCUAGCUGCAUGCACAUCACCAUUGCAUGGAUAUAUAUGGCUGCAUUGCACCAUGGCCACGUACUUGUCCGAACUUGCUAGCCAUAUAGUAGCACAUAGCUAGGAGUAUUUUCGAAGUAAAAAAGAUCAUAACAUAGUGCUCCAUAUAUAUUGUAGUAAAUAUAUAUUUUAGAUAUAUGAGUAUGAUAUUAGCGUCAUAUGCAUAUAGUAUAUAUUGUAGUGCAUAUAGUAAAUACAUAUGCAAUUGAUUACAAACCCCAGUCAGAUAUAAUUUUUGGCCGGGUCUAGCUACGCAUCAUGUAUAAAUAGGUGUGUAUGUAAAUAAGCAACGCAUGGUAAUUGCAUACACGGGUAUGAUUCAUCUACAUGGACCUACAUUGUAUAACUUUUUUUUCGCGAAUGAAGUUUUGUGAACUACUAUGUUGCAGUGGUUUAGUUAUUAAUUAUGUGAGUGGCCCUUAUGCGCCAAUCUUUUAUACAUAGAUUGGAAUUUAUAUGCUAAAUAUGUUUGAAAAUUGUGUGUUAUCUCCUUAAUUUCACUUUUCAAAGGAAAACUUCAUCUUGACAGUUAUCA